AUGAUAACUGAAAUAAAAGUAGAAAUAAAAAAGUUACCACACGGAGAGUUGCCAUGUUAUGCAACUAUAGGAAGUGUUGGUAUGGAUCUGUAUGCUGCAGUGGAUGCUCCUGUUAUCUUGAGACCACUAGAGAGAUUUUUGUCGCCUACUGGAAUUAUAAUCUCAAUACCCAAUGGAUUCGAGGGACAAGUUAGACCACGUUCAGGUUUGGCAGCAAAAUAUGGAAUCGCAGUGCUAAAUUCUCCCGGCACCAUAGACUCAGAUUAUCGUGGCGAAGUUAAAGUAUGCCUUAUUAAUCUAAGUGAUCAAUCGUAUGAAAUAAAAGAAGGCGACAGAAUUGCGCAAAUUCUUAUUACUCCCGUACCAAAAAUAAUUUGGCAUAGCGUAGAAGAGUUCACUAUCGAUGAAACUGAGCGCCAUACAGGCGGCUUUGGAUCAAGUGGUAGGUAGUUUUAUUAAAACAAGUUAAUUAAUAUUUAAAUAUAUGAUAUGAUUAAUAUCAUAUAUUUUAAUUUGAGUGACAAUGAUAAUAGAAGAAAGGUUACACGUACUUAAUAAAAAUUCUUAUUUGGGUAAGGACGGUGUAUUUAAAAGAACGCAGGAUGCGAUUGGCAUAAAAUUAUCACAUGUAAAUUCCCCGUUUAAAUUAAUAAAUUUAUACUAUAAAGACUCACCAUAUGUAGACGUAGCAGCAUUUGAGAAGUCCACUCUAUUAGAAAAGGAGCGGAUCUUAACUCAAAAGAUUGUACGUAAUCGUACUUCUUUGCACUAUGCUGCAAUACAAGGCUAUACAGAAGUAGCAAAGCCCUUAUUUAUAACGGAAUAUGUAUCGUUUCACAGGACUAUUUAAAUAGAACUCCUUAUUACUAUGCGCUUUAAAAUAAUCAUCCAGAGUCAUAAUCCUCAUAGAAGAUCGCC